AUGGCAAAGUUUAAAUUGAAAAAGCCAUCUAAAAGGCAACCUGCUAGACUAAGGUAUAAAAUUGAAAAGAAAGUCCGAGAUCACAACAGGAAAGUGAAGAAAGAGGCGAAAAAGAAUCCCAAAUCAAAAAAACCUAAAGCCGUACAGAUACCUAAUGUGUGUCCGUUUAAAGAGGAAAUACUUAAAGAAGUAGAACUCGUUAAAAAACAUAAAGAAGAAGAAAAACAGAAAAGAAGAGAACAAGCGAAGUUAGACAAACAGAAGAGACAAGAAGAUAAGAAGAAUCCUGUGGGAAUGGACACUUUGGUUGCUAAUGCUGAAGCAAGAGGUAAAGUUCACGAUGCAUUCAAAGGUAAUGAAAAUGGUAGCACAGAAUAUAGCAAGGACAGACAACAGGAGAAUUCAUUGAAAACAUAUUACAGAGAAUUCAAGAAGGUUAUAUCGGAGGCUGAAGUUAUUCUUGAAGUUGUCGAUGCCAGAGAUCCAUUAGGUACAAGAUGUGCACAAGUGGAGGAAGCUGUUCGUGAAUCGGGGAAGAGAUUAGUGUUAGUACUCAAUAAAGCUGAUCUCGUGCCUCGGGACAAUCUAACGGCUUGGCUGAAGUACCUCCGGAGACAAUCUCCUGCUGUUCCAUUCAAAGCAUCCACGCAGGAUCAACAACACAAUCUCGGUAGAAAGAAGAAGAAACAUGUUGUUAAGGAAAAAGAAAUGAAAGGUUCAGCGUGUGUUGGUGCGGAGUUGUUAAUGGGUUUGUUGGGUAAUUAUUGCCGUAACAAGGGCAUCAAGACGUCAAUAACAGUCGGUGUUGUUGGGUUGCCCAAUGUGGGAAAGAGUUCAAUCAUCAACAGCUUGAAUCGAUCCAAAGCUUGUAAUGUUGGCAGCACUCCUGGUAUUACUAAACAAAUGCAGACAGUACAGCUAGACAGCAAAAUCAAGAUCCUAGAUAGUCCUGGAAUAGUGUUUCAUGCGGGCUCCGAUAAUGAUUCAUCGGUUGCUCUCAAGAAUGCUAUCAAAGUGGGCAGUUUGAAAGAUCCUCUCACUCCGGCCACAGCUAUAUUACAGAGAGCAAACAAACAGACUCUCAUUUCACUAUAUUGUAUACCAGAUUUCAAUACUCCUGAUGAGUUCUUCAGUGCCCUCGCUAAACGUAUGGGUCGUUUCCGUCGCGGCGGUGUGCCAGAUCGUGAUGCAGCAGCCAGAAUAUUACUCAACGACUGGAAUACUGGAAAGGUCCGCUACUUCACUGAGCCACCUGAAGUAGAGUCUGAAGUACAUGUCGAAGCCAAGAUAGUGAACAGCCUCGCUCAGGAGUUUGAUAUCAACAGCUUUGAAGCUAUGGAGACAGAGGCGAUAGAUGCACUUGGGAAUAAUGAUGGGGACGCUAUUAAGAUUACAAGCACUGGUCCUGUGAUAGCGGCGGUUGAAAACGAAAUGCAAGUAGACGAAGAUGAGUCCAGCUUAUUACCGAAAACGUUGAACAUCAUAUCAAAAUUAGACAAAAGCAAGAAAACAAACGAAAAAACUAAAUCCGAUCCCGAAAUGCUAAUAGAGGGAAACACCAAACAGAAUAAAUUAAGGAAAAUGCAGUUUAAAAAAGACAAAAAGAAAAAAGCGAAAAACGAAAAGCAAGCUGUCAAUUUGGCGGAUGUUCUAGAAAAUGUCACGCUCACUACAUUAAACAAAAGCGACGAAUACGAUUUCAAAGACGAUUUUAAAUAA